AACCAUCGCCCCGCCCACUUCCUUGGACAGGAGUGAAAAGUUUGCAGGUUUUGGUGGAGAUCUGGGAUGAAAGUUCUUCUCGAGGAGGUCCCGAUGUUCACCAUGAUGUCCUCCGCGGUGCGCCUCCUGGCUCCUCUCCUCCUCCUGCUGUUCUUCACCGUUCCCGAGCCGGGAUCCUGUGAGGCGGAGGUCAGCGGCGUCCUGGAGCCGUACGACCUGCUGUUCGACAACGCCGUGGAGGCGUACUAUAAGCAGGACUGGCUCUCGGUCAUCCUGAACAUGGAGCGAGCGCUGAGGACCAAAGAGACGGUGCGCAGUGCGAAGGCGCGGUGUCGCCGGUCGUGCGCCGACCUCGCCGCCUUCCAGAGCGCCGGAGCCCACGAGCCCGUCCCGCUGCCCGGCGCCGGUCCCGUGGAGGACCUCGGCUUCUUCCAGCGCAUCCUGCAGAGGGCCGACUGCAUGAGACGCUGCGAGGAGGAGAAACUCGGGCCGUCGUCCGUGCACAAGAUCAGCGACGAGGUGGAGCUCGAGUUUAAGAAAAGGACGCCUUAUAAUUACCUGCAAGUGGCUUAUUUCAAGAUAAACAAGCUGGAUAAAGCUGUUGCCGCGGCGAACACGUUCUACAUAGCGAACCCGGACCACAUGGAGAUGAGACAGAACCUGGAAUAUUACGGCAUGAUGGCAGGCGUGCAGGACACGGACUAUAAGGACCUCGAGGCCAGGCCGCACAUGGACGAGUUUCUGGACGGGAAGCGGCUGUACAGCGCAGACGAUUUUCCCUCCUCCAUCGGAUACUUCGAGAAGGCGCUCGAGGAGUAUUUCGACGCCGACGCGGAGUGCCGGGCGCUGUGCGAGGGCGAGUACGAAUACGACGGAUACAACUACAUGGAGUACAGCGCCGACCUUUUCCAGUCCAUCACAGAUCACUACCUGUACGUUCUGAACUGCAAGCAGAACUGCGCUGUGGAGCUGGCGUCCACCGCCGGAAGUCAAAAACCGUUCGAAGACUUCCUGCCUUCACAUUUGAACUACCUCCAGUUUUCCUACUAUAACAGUGAGCAGUACGAGAAGGCCAUCGAAUGUGCUAAAACCUUCCUCCUUUUCCAUCCUGACGAUCAAGUGAUGAAGCAGAACUUGGCGUAUUACUCAGUCAUACUGGGAGAAGAUAAAGCUGCUGCUAUUACAGCCAGAAAGGUGGUUGAGCAGUACAUCAAAAAUUCCUUGCUGGAGAAAGAGCUCUUGUACUUUGGAUAUGAAAUUUUUGGAAUCGCGUUCGUCGAUCCGGACACGUGGACACCGGAAGAGAUCAUGCCUAAGAAACUCAGGGACAAGCAAAAGGCUGACAGAGAGACCGCAGCUCGUAUCACAGAGGAGAUCAGCAAUCUCAUGAAGGACAUCGAGACGCUAGUGGAGGAGAAGAACAAGGAGUCAUCGGACAUAGCCACACUACUUAAAGAUGGGGUCAGUACAUUGACACCUCCUCCAGAGGACAGCUUGGUGCUCGACGGCAUCACGGUCAGCAUGACGUCCAAAACUCUGAACGGUUCCCAGAGAGUCGUGCUGGACGGAGUCAUCACAGCCGACGAGUGCCGCGAAUUACACCGCCUUUCAAACACGGCGGCGCAGAAAGGCGACGGCUACCGGGGAAGGCCGAGCCCUCACUCUCCCAGCGAGAUGUUCCAGGGUGUCACUAUUCUCAAAGCGCUCAAGCUCGGUCAGGAAGGCGUGCUCCCCCUGAAGAGCGCUCGUCUGUUCUUUGACCUUAGCGAGAAGGUGCGCAAAGUGGUGGAGUCAUACUUCAGCCUCCAGUCUCCUCUGUACUUCUCCUACUCGCACCUGGUUUGCCGCUCCGCCAUCGAAGAGAAACAAGAAGACCGAGACGACCUGAGCCACCCGGUGCACGUGGAUAACUGCCUCCUGAUCUCCGAGCUGAACGAGUGCAUCAAAGAGCCGCCAGCAUACACACACCGAGACUACAGCGCCAUCCUGUACCUCAACGACGACUUCGAAGGAGGAGAUUUCAUCUUCACCGAGCUCGAUGCCAAAACCAUCACGGCGGUGGUGAAGCCUCAGUGUGGUCGUAUCGUGGCAUUCGGGGCUGGGAAGGAGAAUCCUCAUGGUGUGCGAGCAGUAAAGAGAGGACAGAGAUGUGCAGUGGCUCUGUGGUUCACUCUCGAUCCUCGACACAACGAGAAGGAGCGAAUCCAGGCGGAAGAGCUGUUAAAAAUGCUCUCCAGCCCACUGAACGCAGACUUCCAGAGAUCGGAGGAGGACAGGAGCGACGAGGCGAUGCCGGAGAAGGACAGCGUGAAACCUGAUGGAGAAAAAACAACCACAGAAAAGGAAGAAGAAACAAAAACACCCAGGGAAGAGCAAACGAUUGAAAAACCAGAGGAGAAGAAGGAGACGAGCACCGACUCGAAAGCAGAGACGAAGAUGGUAAGCAAAACCAAACCCCCGAAAUCCACAUCGACGGUAAAAUCGAAAGCUAAAACGGCGACGAAAAGCAAACCAGCAGGAAAAGUGAAGACGAAAACGAAAGAGGCAGAAAAGUCCAAAACAGCAGACAAAAAGGAAAAGUUAGCCGACAAGAAGAAAACAAAAACGUCAUCCAAACAGCUGAAAACAAAAAGCUCAAAAUCAGACUCUCAGAAGAAAAAAGAUGAAUUAUGA